AGUUCACAGAGAAAGGACGAUACUAUUUGGGCGGUGCGGUUGGUGGUCGUCGCAAUGCAAUAACAUUCAAUAUGGAGUACAUAGUACUGUGAUUCUUAUAUUUCGGCUACUACAAAUAGAUAAGUAUCCAUUAACUGUCUAGUCAUUCCAUCAUUUAGUGAAUCUGUUUCAGAAUUCUUUAGAGCGCGUAGGCUAUGCAUUUGAUGUUCAUAAAUUGAUGCAUUGUUUCAGGAGAGGCGUUGUUCUGAUAGCAAUUUGGUGCGGUGACAGUUAAACUGUUGUAACAUUUAGAUACGUAUUAAUGUAGCAAUAUUUCAAAUGAUAAAUGUUAUCCUCGCAACGAACGCAACAGCGUGUGGUGGCGAUUCUAAUUUGUAUACAAGCCUGGUAGUGGUUAAAGCGCUAUUGAACGUUUUGUAGAAUACUCGGUUACUAGGUGAAAGGUUAGGGACAUUGCUCUCAAAUAGUUCGUCGUCGGGUCGUGUAUGAUCAUAGGAUGCGCAAUGCAGCGAGUGCCUCUUUGUCUCUGGGAUCGCUGGGUCUGCUGCGUCUCUUCGGGGUCCCCUGGUCCUGGAGCUUAGCAGCAGGCUUCGGGGUCUUUCUGGGCACAGGUGGUUGGAAGUACCUCUACAUCGUAGUCCGUACUGCCAAAAGAGACCUAAAUGGCCUUUACGUGUUGUUACGAGUCAAGAUAGCCUUGUGGCACCACCUACGGCGCAACAGCAAUAUCCCCUCCAUCUUUGCCCAGACGGUGAAGCAGCACCCAAAUAAACCCGCCCUCAUCUACGAUGCCACAGCAGAGACGUGGACCUUCACCCAGCUGGACCUGCUGUCUAACGCUGUGGCCCAAUGGGCUCUGGCCCAGGGCUGGGCCCCGGGGGAUGUGGUAGCCCUCUUCAUGGAGAGCCGGCCCUUGCAGGUGGCCCUCUGGCUGGGCCUGGCCAAGGUGGGAGUGGAGGCAGCACUCAUCAACUUCAACCUGCGGAGGGACGCUCUCCUGCAUUGUGUUGGAGUGUCUGUGUCCAGAGGGAUUGUGUUCGGAGCCGAGCUGGCUGGUGCCAUGUUGGAGGUGAGCUCAUCCCUGAGCCCGUCGAUGGUGCGGUUUUGUACAGGAGAGCUCAGUGUAGACUGUCUGGCCUCCCUGUCUGCCCAGAAUCUGGACUAUAUCCUGGCCUCUGCCCCUACACUGCCCCCUCCUCCCUGCAUCCCACCCAAGAGCUUCAAUGAUCGUCUGUUCUAUAUAUACACCUCAGGCACCACAGGACUCCCUAAAGCUGCCAUAGUGGUGCACAGUCGGUAUUACCGUAUCGCUGCUUUUGGCUACCAUGCUUUCCGCAUGCGCCAGGAUGACAUCAUCUACGACUGCCUUCCCCUCUACCACUCUGCAGGUAAUAUCAUGGGUGUAGGCCAGUGUCUCAUCAAUGGACUCACUGUGGUGGUGAAGAAGAAAUUCUCAGCCAGUCGCUUCUGGGAAGAUUGCAUCAAGCACAACUGCACUGUGGUGCAGUACAUAGGGGAGAUCUGUCGCUACCUGCUGUCCCAGCCGGUGCGGCCUUCUGAGAAGGGUCACCGGGUUCGCCUGGCGGUGGGGAAUGGGCUGCGUCCUAGUGUCUGGGAGGCCUUCACCGAGCGCUUUGGUGUGGCCCAGGUAGGGGAGUUCUAUGGAGCCACCGAAUGCAACUGCAGCAUCGCCAACAUGGACGGCAAGGUGGGAGCUUGUGGGUUCAACAGCCGCAUCCUGCCCAAUGUGUACCCAAUCCGCCUCAUGAAAGUGAAUGAGGAGACCACGGCGCUGGUGAGGGACAGGCACGGCCUGUGUGUGCCCUGCCGUCCUGGGGAGCCAGGGCUGCUGGUGGGAAGGAUCAACCAACAGGAUCCGCUACGGAGGUUUGAUGGCUACGCCAACCAGGAUGCCACCAGGAAGAAGAUCGCCAACAAUGUCUUCAAGAAAAAUGACUCGGCAUAUCUGUCAGGGGAUGUGUUGGUGAUGGAUGAGCUAGGCUACAUGUACUUCCGGGACCGCAGUGGAGACACGUUCCGCUGGAGAGGAGAGAACGUCUCCACCACCGAGGUGGAGGGAACACUGAGUGGUCUGCUGGGCCAGGCCGAUGUGGCUGUGUAUGGGGUAUCUGUACCAGAUGUGGAAGGGAAGGCAGGGAUGGCUGCCAUCGCAGACCCAACAGGGACAUUUGACUGUGAUGUGUUCCUGCGAGAGGUCCAACAGGCCCUGCCCCCUUACGCCCGUCCCGUGUUCCUACGCAUCUCCCCACAAGUAGACACCACAGGUACCUUUAAAAUCCAGAAGACCCGGUUGCAGAGGGAGGGAUACGAUCCGCGCUUAUCAACCGACCAGAUUUACUUUUUGAACUCCAGAGCAGGGCGUUAUGAGGCUGUGAAUGAGGAGCUACACAGUGCUAUAGUGGAGGGUAGAAUGGCUCUAUGAGAUUGACUAUUUUAAGCUGGGUUUACACAUGUUUAUGAGGCUGCUUUGAGCCACAGCUUGUUGUAGCUACGUUAAAUCUAAACACAUAACUGUUUUCGCGAGACACGGUGGUAUGGACAAUCCUCACGACCAAGUGAAGAAUCUUGUAGUGUGUGACCCCUGUCUGUGCCACGUGGUUUAGUAUGGCACCACUAAGUUGGCAAGACAACAAAAUACGACAGGAAAGAUGGUCGUUUAGUGCGAGAGGCUCAGCCAUGUUAGGAUCAUGAAAGUCAUGUGCACACCGGCUUUAGGAAAGUAACUGUCAAGGUGUCAGAUACUGGAGACUGUGAUAUGCUGGAGUGGAAAUCCUGAUCAUGCCGUUAUAAUGCAUUGCAAGACUUGUCAUAAGCAUGCAUGACCCCUUAUAAUGUCUUAUCAACUCAUAAUGAUCCUGUCUCAACUUGAUAUGUUCAUACGCUGUGGAAAAUAACAUAUUAUAAAGGCUCAUCUGUGCUUAGAACACGUUAUAAAGCAGUACACCUGCAGGCUUUAAGUAGUGUUAUUGCUGAAGUCUCCAUGUAUUAGUGUUUCUCCCUGGAUCUAGUCUAGAUCAGGGGACUGAAGGGCUACUGAUCAAUCAAUAGGGAAACCUUAGUACUGUUACAAAACCAUCUUUUAACACUGUAUCAAUAACGUCCAAGGACAAGGUUGGAUGAGGGCUUUUUCCCUCUUUUGUAUUUCUUCAUUUGUGUUGUUUCUUAGUAUAGCCAAAUGAAAACGUUCAAGCCUUCAACACUACAAUGCACAUAGAGCAGAGCAAGUUUUCACAUGAAACCAGGAUGUCUGUUACAAUGACAGCAUUUGUCUGUUUGUUACAAUGAGAGUGUAAAGGAAAUGAGAGCUGGGACUGAAUAUACCACAGUCGUUGAGAUACCAGUCUCUUGAAGAUUGUGUUCCAGGCUAUUUGCUCCCAACCUUGUAAUAGUAGUGUGCCACCAUGUAAAGAACAAAAUACUGAACAGGUUUUUAGCAAUACUUGAGUGUCCAUGUUGGAUGAGGUGUUGCUACCUGUGUGUUAGUAGUAUGAUAGACCAUGCCACAGCUGAACAUGCCUCUUAUUCCGAACACUAACUGUAGGAGUUUCGAUUACAUUUUUUUUUAAAUGUAAAACUAAACCUGAUUACGUAACAUGUUUGAAGUAAUGGAUGAUAUGCACUGACUGACCACUCAGGUUCACACACAUUGAUAUUAUGUGCCUUGUGGAAGCCCUGUGUGUCCUGGAACUAUUGGGGUUUUAUGCUUAACCUGACUAGGGAACUCCAAUACAUAAGAGCAUUAUUUAAACAAUAUCUUCAAAAUCUGUCAAUUAGUCAACAAUCAUGGUUGCCCUAUUAUUAUGUAAUAAAGCAAUUUCUCAGAGUAAUAUUGUAGAUAUAAUUGAUUGGGAACAUUAUUCUAGGUCUCCAUUUUCAUACAUUUGUUUAGGUGUAACUCAAAAUAAAGGUUUGUAAAAGACA